AUGUCCUUCCUCGCCCAUGUGCCCCUCCUCGGCCGUCUUGUCGCCGGCGCUGAUGAUGCCCCUCGGGCCAUCGACCUGCCGCCCGUCGAGGUGCAUAACGUCGAGACUGACGCCGAGAAGCGAGCGCGGUGUCUCAAGCACCUCAUCAAGGCAAACCACGUCAACCACGCCAUCGUCUACCACAACCUGCAGUUCGACAACCACGCCGCCCACAUUCUCUGCUCGGCGUAUCUCCUCGGCGCCUCGGAGAACCAGCUGCACAGCAUGUACGAGACGGUCUCGAAAGAGCUCGAGCCCUGGCAGGACUCCCCGGCCGAGGUCAUCGAGGAAGACUGGCAGGACUUUCUCGGUGACAAGCGGUACCAGCGCGCCUAUGUCGACUUUUUCGAGGACGGCCUCGCCCUGCAGUUCAACUAUGACUGGAAGACGGUCAUGGCGCACUAUCUGCUGAAGGGAGACCAGCCUCUAGUCCACGGGCUCAUCGGCGGGCUCGGCCACCCCCUCAUCCACCUGGGCUAUGCUUACGAGAUGAACGCCAAGGAGAUCGCCAUCGAGGCCCUCGCCCUCUCGUGCGUCCAGUACAACUACCUUCACAAGUACCUAGACGAAAAGAAGUACACGAGGCCGGCGCCCUUCUCGUCAACCUCGCCCGUUGACAUCCUCCACAGGAUGGCCAGCGACGCGCGCUUCGACGGCCUCUUCGCGGCGCCAGGCUUCGACAACAUCGACCUCCUCUUCGGCAAGCACGAGGACCUCGUGCUCGAGUACUGGAACGCCUGGGCCGUUGCCGACGACGACAGCGAGGACCCCGUCCGGCAGUUCCAAAAGUCGCAGGAGGCGGCCGUCGCGCUGCUCGUGGCGACGGUGAAGCCAGGCACGCACGCCUACAACUUUUUCACAGUGCACCUGCUGACGACGAGCCACGCCGUGCGCAUCCUUCUGCCGGUGCUGCCGGCCAGGUUCCACGUGGCGCUCGUGCGCGAAUGGUGGCUGUUGACGGUGGCCGUGUACGCCGCCAUGGGCCGGCCGCGCAUCGACGAGGACUAUGUGCAGCCCGUGCCGCAGGGCCGGGGGUGGGCGCAUGUUGAGCAUGAGGCGCUGCACUCGCGGCACGCGUCCGAUGCGCACUAUGUCAAAGCGAUCCGGGCCAUGAAGGAGGCGGCGAGGACGUGGGGUGACGUGCAUGAGAGGUAUCUCGCGGCGGCUGUGACAUUUGUCGAUGGGUUUGAGGGGUGGGUGUUUGAUUGA